AUGGAAAAGGAUUACUAUAGAUUUGUUUCAGGUUUACCCAAGACUUCGGCUGGUUAUAAUUCUAUUUGGAUAAUUGUGGAUCGAUUGACUAAGUCAGUAUACUUCCUUCUUGUGAAGACUGCUUGUUCUGUGGCUAAGUAUGCACGAGUGUAUCUGGAGAGAAUUACCAGUCUUCACGACAUUCUUAUUUGUAUAGUGUCUCACAGAGGACUGCAGUUCACUUCGAGAUUUUGGAGGAAGCUACAAGAAGAGCUUGUGGGAUUGUACCUACCAUUAAUUGGAUUCGCGUCUAACAAUAGCUACUAUGCAAGCAUCGAGAUGUCCCCUUAUGAGGCAUUGUAUGGCCAGAAGUGCAUAUCUCUUGUGUGUUGGGAAGAGGUUGACGAACGGAAGUUAGCAGGACUAGAGUCGGUUCAUAUCACUUCAGAAAAGAUUCUUAUUAUCCGCAAGCGACUGAAGACAGCUUUCAGUAGGCAGAAAAGUUAUGCGGACCCGAAGCUGAAGCACGUAGAGUUCAGUAUUGAGGGGUACGUGUUCUUGAAAGUGUCUCAUAUACGUGGUGUGAUGCGAUUUGGAAAGAAACACAAAUUGGCCCCUCGUUAUAUGGGAACCUUUGAGAUUAUAGACAGGAUUGGGGAGGUGGCAUACAAAUUGUAA